AUGGCAUCCGCGAUCCUGGACCUGGCAGCCCGGCUGGACUACAGCCCGCCUCCUGAAGAUGCAUGCCAAGCUCUGGGUCUACACUCAGAGGACCUCGAUCUCGCGGCGCUGGCAGCCCAGCGACUCCAUCCGGAGGAGGUUCCUUGCAGCCAGGAGGCGGGCGAGGAGGGAGCCUUCCGGGAGCUGCUUUUGGCCGCCGUAGAGCUGGCUGGUAUCCCGUGUGGAUCACCCUUCCCACAGAAGCUGGCAGGACUUUACCUGUCAGCCAAUGUUCAGCUGCUGAAAGCGCUGCACCGCUUACGCUUUGGGACUGCGGCGGUGGCGGAAGUGGGGGCGGAGCUGCCCUCGCGGAAGGAGCCCACCUCAUCCAAUCCUGACGCCGCUGUGAAAGCGGCCACCGCCUGCCAGCUCGUGGCGCAGCUGAGGCUUUGUGGCAACGUUCUCUACGAAAGCCCGGAGGCUGCCGAGUUUCUGCGGUUGUCUGGAGGUCUGCCCAUCUUGCUGUCCCACUGCUACGCGGACCCGGAGAUGCCCCUGCUUCGGGAAGUCGGGGUCUUCGCAGUGCGCAAUGCCACGCAGCACAGCGAGCAGACUCGAGCCGCUGUGAAAGUGCUUCUGGCGGAGAGGCGUGCCCGAUCUGCCUCCAAUGCGCAAAGCCAAGGUGCAGAGCUUCCUGUCAUUGAUGAGUGGCCGGCCCAGAUCCGGGUGGAGGUUUGA